AUGGAAGCUCUGGAAUCGCGAACGUCAUCCGUCACUCUCCUCACCUUGUCGUCCAUCACGAACCUGCUUCAGCAUCUCAUCACAGUCGGGAAACCCGCAGCAUACACGUCGGACAACACAGCGCAAAUAUGCCCAUCUUCAGCCGAGUCGGCACCGCUGCGCGACCUGGUCAAGUCAACGUCCAAGUUGAUCUUGGAGAAUGGCGGUGCAGUGAGAGGAGUUCAAUAUUGGGGACAACGACGACUGCCACAGCGAGCACGCAGACAUCAGCAGUACCACAGUACGGGCGACUAUUGGCUGAUGCACUUUGACACGAAUGCACCCGUGCUCAAAUCCCUCAACGAUCGACUUCGAGCGGAUCCAAGGGUGAUCAAGUGGACCGCGCUCAAGCUCGGAGACAAGCUCGACCAGAUCACACCAAAAGCCACAUCAGGAGGACUCGACUCGAAUUCGGAUGCGCCCGAAGCCCGAGCUCUGUUCGGAGGCAAGACCAUGCGCUACGGCUGGCAAUAG